UAACUUCGGUGAAACGCGUCUCAUCCAAUACCCUUAUGCUGACACAAUGACAUUGCCAAUAGACAGAGGGAGAGCACUGAGCAAUUGAACUGGUGGUGCCAACCGUGCAAUGGAAGCCGUUCAAGUGCUUUCAGUUUCCGACCUCCUCCGCCGCCGCCGCCCAAUCUCCGGCGCAGUCUCUCUCCUCCCUUCUCCCCCCCCUCCUCCACCUCCCUCCGAUUCCAAAACCAUAAACCCUAACACUAAAACUAUCCCCUCCACCAAAAUCCUCAAUUCUCACUCUCACCCUUCAAUAAUUGUCGGAACUUUCUCUCUCCAAAGCUCCAAUGAUUGUCCUCACCUAUGCUUUUCCUUCUCGGACGAUUCCGGCUCUCUUUGCUGCGAUGUUCUCCAGUUCGAUUUUCGCAUGGUAAGGAGAAAAAUCCGUGUUCUUGCUUGGAAUUUCAUCCCGUUUAAGCAAUGUGGUGGUUUACUGGAGAUUAUUCGAUGGGAAUUUGUUGAAGGCUUUAAUUCUGGUAAUGCUGUUGAUUCCUUUCCUUUAGUUUUUGAUGAUAAUAAUGGCGGGAAUGAUUAUGAUAAGAAGGCUAAGUAUAGUGUUUACGGUAUUCUGGGUUCUGUUAGUCCUGUUUCGUCAAUUCCUUGCUCGAAUGAAAGUCUCCGUGGUUUUAUUCUGGAGAUUUUGUGUUGUGAUUGUAGGUUGUGCAAAUUCAAAAAUGGUGUAGAGAAUUUUGAUGAUUUAGGUUUAGGACAUAAUUUUUGCAAAACUGAGUAUGUGUACUUUUGCGGAGUUUGCUCGUUUCCAUACCCUAUGUUCUUGAAGCUUGAAGGAAGGCUGGUUUUACUAUUGGGAUUGAGGAAGAAGAUAGUGUACAUAGGGAAGGAAGAGUCGCAGUUGAUGUUUGUGGCGACUGAAAUGACUCGUUUUCGUGUUCCCAAUUCGGAGCAGAAAGAAGAUUAUUCAUUUCGAAGUUGUAAAGCUAGAAUCAAGGGAAAAUGGGAAUUAGGUGUAUAUAUUGGUGUAGUUAGAAGCAUUUAUAUGCAGGGCAUGGUUGUUGAGCUUGAUGAAGACGUUUGGCUCUUACUAACGGAUGAAUCACUCCUUUUGCCUCAUAGUGUCAGGGUUGGCUCAAUUCUAUCUGUGAAGAAUGUUCAUAUAGUGAACCCAGAAUUUCCAUGGGGGAAGAUGCUUAUACUUGGGGUUUGUUGCAAGACUAACAUCAGUGUGAUAUCUUUCUCUCCGUUGGAAACUAGGUGUCAGCCAGUGGCCCGAUCUCAGAGUCUUCUGGGGACAUUUAUGGAGUCAUUGGUCUUUCCAGCUCGAUUAUGGGUACUAUUGUUGGUCCAAUGUCUAAGGAAAAAAAUUUCUGGAGUUUUUUCAGAAAUGGAAAUUUUAGGAACAAAGCAUAAGGAAGGCUUGGUGCAAACUUACGCUAGGGCCAUACUACCAUCAUCCGUUCUUCAGUCACGGCAUGGGAUUUUCAUGGAGUUCUGUAAGCAUGAUUCAUGUGGUUCUGGUAGCAACAUUUACUACGGCAACUUAAGUUUGGCAAUGCCAUUCUCCUACUUGGUCAAUACUUGUGAGAGGAUGGGUAUAAAGUCCCUUCUCCAAGUGAAUAAUGGUCUCGAAUUCCUAGAAGGCUGCAGCCAAGUUGGUCAUCCUUUAACAGAAGCAAAACUUUCUGAUCAACCAAUUAGGAGGAUCUUGCGAAGUAAAGACAUUGGAGUUUCUUUACUUGGGAACUUAAAGGUUUGUCCAGCUACUGGGAGAUUGCAAUAUAUUGAUGGGGCAGGUAGCAUAGAUGCUGUUAUACCAGACAUUCCAUCAGCCUGGGACAGAAAUGCUAUCUAUGAGGUUUUUGAUUUUAGUCUUGUGUUAGAAGGAAUGCCUGAAACAUGGGAUCAAAUGCUUGGUGGCGACUUGUUUUCAUGCGGUACUUUGUUUGAAACCUUACCAAUAAAGAGACGAACUAUGUUGACUGUCUAUGUGCACUUUUCUUGGAGUAAUGUGAGCAGCAAGCAUUUCUCCGUUCAUCCGUGUCUGAGUGCAAUCAAUAGUUUCGCAAAUCUUGAUCCUGGAACCUUUCACUUGUUGCAGAUAACCCACAAGUUUCCAUUGCAACCACGGUUUCAUGGUGAUCUCUCAGGCAAAGGCCUUUUAUUUGCUGAGGUCAUGGUCUUGCCAUGGGAUCUGAAUAUUGGUAUGAGCGAUAGGGCAGCUCUUCUGACUAAAUUGUCGCAAGAUGAUCUAGAAAAAGGCUGUCAAAAUGGUUCUUCUUUGAAGAGAUGCAAAACUCAUCAAAUAUCUAGCUGCGUAGACAAAGUUGGAUCAUGCAGCAAUUUUGAAGAAUGUAAAAAGAGAUCAUUUGACCAACGAAGUAGUUUGCAAUCCUUGCCACACAAGACAAGGAAUGUCAAUAAAUUUAGUGGUGCAUCUCUUGUUCAAUUUCCAUGCACAAUAACUGCUAGAGAAAUACAAUAUCAACACACAGCUAUACCUGCGAUCCUAUGUUAUACUGAUGGUAACCGUGACAUGCUUUGCUCAAGAAGCUCAAGGAAAGUUCUUCUAGAGUUCAAUUCUGAAAAUUUCUUCAAGUAUAAGUUUCUGGAAAUUGGUGGUAGUUACAUCAUGAAACAUUGUGCUGAGAAGUGCUUGUGUGAUUCCCGCCACAUAAAUCUGGGAAGUAACAUAAUUGUCACCUCAGAGACAAACUUUUGGAGCCUUUCAUUUAAUUUCGGGGAAGUCGCUGAGUGUAUGUCUGGCCCAUGCAAUGAUUCCUCAUCUGUUUCCUGUUCUAUCAGUAGGUUGAACCAUCAAAAUGAGCUUGCACUCAACCGUUGCGGCGGUGUUGAUAAUGGAAUCUGCUCUGAUGUUGAUCUUCACGUCACUGUAGAUGCAACUGGUCUCCUGGAUGCCAAUAUGGGUGUUCAGGCCUUGAAGAAGCUUUUAAUAAAUUUAUCUUGGAAAAUAACAGAUAUUAGCAGUAUUGAUAGCAUUCAUCAACAAGUUGGCUGCGGUAACACUGUGACGGGUCAUUUUGAGAACCAAGGAAUGUGUUCUGGAAAUGGACUUCCUGUGGGGAAUUUAAUCUCUCUACAGGGAACUGUGGUAAGCCUUCACAAUUCUUACAGCUGUUCUAUUGAUAGAGUUCCAUGCAAUGAAGCUGCACAAAACUUUCAUCUACCGAGAUUCAACAAAGAAAAGGAACGCUCGAUAAAUCUGUUUGUCCUGUCAGAUGGUCACUCGGUGCAGAUUUGUGGUUCCCUCAGCAAGUUUGACUUUCCUGUUGGAUUAGGUCCAGGUGCAGUAGCUAUAUUUCACAGGAUACUUGCAUUAAGUGGGCAUAAUUGUUUUAUGUUGACUCCUGUAUCAUUCAUCACUGUCAAUUCCGUGAGAGAAGUCCCUACCCCUGCUGUGAAAUCUCUUUGUCCUAUUCCUGAGGAAACUAUUGCAUCUUGUUUAAUAUCUGAUCUGAUCCAUUGUGAUACGGGCCAGCCAAGAAGGUUACGCUGCAGUAUUGUUUCAGUUUAUUUUGUGAUGCUUGAAAGAAAUAAGAAUUUGGACAAGCUGUUGCCUCGCAUUCAAUUGGGGACACCGGUUGUAAAUAUUCCACUAGCUGGAUUUAUUUUGGAUGAUGGGUCAUCACAUUGUUGUUGCUGGACUAGUGGUGAAAGAGCAGCGACAUUUCUGAGGUUAACCGAAGAGAUCCCUCAGGCAAAACGCGGAAGCUCCUCGUGGAGAUUGAAGGCUGCAGUUAGAAACAGGGCAUUCAGCACUUCCAGUUAUCAGCUUGACAGAAUUUUGAAGAAGCAUGAAAGACUUUCUGUGAAAAAUUAUGGAUCUAUAUACGAUACUUCUUGCCAAGAUAUUCAGCUUUCUGUUGGUUCUGAUUGCACUUUUGGCAGUCAAGACGAGAACUUGCUUAAGGUUAUAAUGUUCAAUGCUUGUUCUAGCAGAUACUGGACUGUGAUUGGUCAUGCGAUGGAUUCCAAUGCUGUCAACAUUUUAGAAAAGAAUCUUCUUGAGGAGCAUAUGACUCUGCAUCCCUUACAAAAUGUGUGGGCAAGUGAAGUUUCUGAAGUGAACCCUCUUGCUCAAGCCAAGGCCUUAUUUCAAGACCUAAAAUCUGCGGUGAGAACUUCCAGGAAUAUGGGGAAAGGUUAAGCCACAAAAGAUUGACAUGAAAAUUCUUUUCAAUCAAUAAUAAGGUUAAGCAUGUUUCAGCACAUGCCAGGGGCAUGCUAACCAAUCAAUAAGGGUUGCUUAGCCUUUUACUGGCAUUUGUUAAUGGAAAUGGGGUCCUUGCUAGCUCCAUUGGGUGAGGCCCCGCUGUGGAAGUUAAAGUCCUGCUUUACCUGAAGGUUUCUGCAGUUGAUUUCUGUAGCAGUCCACCUGAGUUCAUUAGUUGCAAUGCUGAUUACACCCAGUUGUAAAGAGUACGAUUGCAACAUUCGUGGAAGUAUUUAUCAUCAGCUAGUCUUGAGCCUCUUCAGGUCUACACACAAGAAUGAAGUAUCCUCAGAAUGAAAAUUACUGUGAUGGGUAAGGAAAUUACUGUGUGAGGCAAGUCACCUUUAAACCUUGUACAAGUCGUAGUAAAAAAAAAUUGAGCUGUAUUAUUGUUGUUGUGUAUUGUUCAUUCGUUUGGCUUUGUUUGGUUAACUAGUUUAGUUUUAGUGUAACUAGUUUUGCUGUAUUUUCCUUAAUGGGUUGUUUAUUUAGACUCUUGUGUGUGUUCAGUUUGGUAA